GAAGAAAUGAAGAACCCUCCCUUCCCUUUUUCCAUUUAAACAAGAGACAGAGAUAAGGUAAAACAGGGGAGGAGAAUGUCGAAUCUGAGAUUGGCCAUGGACGCUGCGUUUUGGGACCUGAACGUAUCCAGCCCUCAGACGCUGGACGGUUCGGCCCGGUCCGUACCGGGCGAGCCGUACCCGAUCUUCACUGCCCCUGCCUGCCGUACGCUCCGCCCCCAGCAGCUCUCUCUGCUGGGAAAUGGAUUCCCGCUCCGUCUUAUCCCUUCUAUCUCUCCCACCACGCCCAAGGACCUCGGCUCCUUCUCCCUCCAGUCCCUUUUGCUAAAAUACGCUUCUAUGAACUGGUGGGUUGGAUUAGUUGGGCAGUUCCGUCCGAAGAAACUAAUAACUUCGAUUAAAGAAGAAGUGGCAGGUGGUGAUGAGUUUGAACUGCCUGCAUUUAAGGAUGUUGCCAGGCAUUUCUUGGACAAAUCACUCUAUGCGCUUGGUUUUUGCUCACAAAUUUCUCUCACACCUGCUUCAUCAUUAUAUUUUACCACCGAAGUGCAUGGCGAGAAGAAGGGGCGCCGCUCUAAAGCAAUGUACUUCCAUAAGCUUCCUCAACAUGAUGUUACACUAGAAGCGGCAUGGCCUGAGCUAUUCAUCGACGAGAAUGGAGCAUAUUGGGAUGUGCCUGCAUCGAUAUCAUUAGAUUUGACAUCAAUUGUUUCUGAAUCUGGAUUGAGAUAUCGUUUUGGCAUACACAAAAAUAGUGGUGAUCCUCAACCCCUUAGUGAAUCAUGUGGAGAUGUUCCUUUAGCUCUGAUGCCAGGAGUAUGUGCAAAGGCCGCAUUUUCUUAUGAGAAGAGCAGGGACAUUUGGAGGCAGAAGGAGAAGAAGAAGGAUCUGUUAGUGAAAACUGACAAGGGUCGGGCUUGGUGGUUCAACUAUGACACACGUUUGAGAGAACCACAUGCUGCAAUCUCAGGAAUUAUUGGUGGUACCUGUUCUGCCUGGUUUGGUGGCGGCAAAAACUCAAACGCUGAUUCGAGAGCUCAUUCAGGAGAUGGAGAGGUUGCCAACAGGAGACAGCUACUCGGUGCUGACUUGUUUGGCUCGGUGCGGUAUACAUUUCAACACGGGAAGUUCAGGAAACCUUUUGGAGACCUGACCAGGGUAGAUGCCCGCCUGGACAUCUGUUCAGCUUCAGCAUUUAUCAAGGGUGCUGCACACUUGGUCUCAGAUGUCUUCGGAAGUCCAACCAAAAGAGAAGUAAAUCUGCUCGCUUCCCCACAGCUUAAUGUGAUCUUUCAGCAGCAGGUUGCCGGGCCAAUCGUCUUUCGGGUGGAUUCAAGAUUUUCACCAUCAGGAAGGUACAUCCUUCGUGUUGAGGAUGUCGUAUACAGCAUGAGUUACUCUCUAAGAGCCUUAGUGUCAGGUAAAGUUUUAGCAUGGUAUUCGCCAAAGCGGAAAGAGGGAAUGAUAGAACUUCGUGUGUUUGAGUUCUAAACUACCUGGAACUUUUUUUGCUUAGAGGUGAGCAGAGAUUGAAAUUGAGCGGGAACAUUUUGUAGCUUUUGUUUGCACUGAUUGUCAAUGGAAAAAAAAAUAAAAAAAAUCAACUUGCAUA